AUGCCAGAGCCUGCAAAGAAAACAGUUUCUGCAUUUACCAAGAAGCCUAAGACAACAGAGGUGACAGCCGGAAGCACAGCUGUGUUUGAAGCAGAGACAGAAAAAGCUGGCAUCAAGGUGAAGUGGCAGCGCGCUGGCACUGAAAUCACAGACAGUGAGAAAUAUGUCAUCAAGGCAGAAGGAAACAAGCACUCACUGACAAUCAAUAACGUAGGAAAGGAAGAUGAUGUGAUAUACGCUGUAAUAGCUGGAAGCUCCAAGGUCAAAUUUGAACUCAAGGUCAAGGAAUCAGGCAGUAGUAACAUGACUUUCUCUGAUCUUGGCUUGCAUGUAUUUCCAGAAAAGAGUGAGACAGUCACUCCUGCUGAACCUGCUCCAGCCCCAGCUGCUGCCGAGUCCCCUGCUCCACCAGUAGAAAGCAGCCAAAAUACAGAAGCUGCAUCUGCUGGAACUCAACCAGCUGAGCCCCUGGACCCUAUUGGGCUCUUUGUGAUGAGACCCCAAGAUGGAGAAGUUACUGUUGGUGGAAGCAUCACAUUCAUUGCCAAAGUGGCAGGUGAGAGCCUGUUGAAGAAACCAUCAGUGAAAUGGUUCAAAGGGAAGUGGAUGGACCUGGGAAGCAAAGUGGGGAAACAUCUCCAGCUACAUGACAGUUAUGAUCGAAAUAACAAGAUCUACACCUUUGAAAUGGAAAUCAUAGAAGCAAACAUGACUUUUGCAGGAGGGUACAGAUGUGAGGUGUCUACCAAGGACAAGUUUGAUAGUUCUAAUUUCAACCUGAUUGUCAAUGAAGCACCAGUAACUGCAGAUUUGGAUAUUCGUGCUGCCUUCCGACGCACGAGCCUGGCAGGAGGGGGGAGACGGAUGACUUCAGGACAUGAUGAAGGUGGAGAGUUUAAUUUUAGUGCCCUACUAAAAAAGAGAAGCUUCAGGAGUCCAAGUGAAGCGAAAUCUGAAUCACAGUCUGAUGCUGAUGUCUGGGAAAUCCUGAGGAAAGCGCCUCCUUCUGAAUAUGAGAAAAUUGCUUUUCAGUAUGGUAUCACAGAUCUGCGUGGGAUGCUCAAACGCCUCAAACGCAUAAAGAAAGAAGAGAAGAAAAGCACAGCAUUCCUUACGAAACUGGAUCCAGCUUACCAAGUAGAAAAAGGACAAAAGAUAAAACUAAUGGUCGAAGUUGCUGAUCCAGACGCUGAUGUGAAAUGGCUGAAGAACGGACAAGAGAUCCAAGUGAGCGGCAGCAAAUAUAUUUUUGAGGCUGUUGGGAAUAAGAGAAUACUGACCAUAAAUCACUGCUCUCUGGCUGAUGAUGCAGCAUAUGAAUGUGUGGUAGGGGAGGAAAAAAGUUUCACAGAGUUGUUUGUAAAAGAACCUCCAAUCCUGAUCACUCACCCACUGGAGGACCAGAUGGUGAUGGUUGGAGAGAGAGUGGAGUUUGAGUGUGAAGUGUCUGAAGAAGGAGCUACUGUGAAAUGGGAAAAGGAUGGGAUUGAGUUGACCCGGGAAGAAACAUUCAAAUACCGAUUCAAGAAAGAUGGAAAAAAGCAGUAUCUGAUUAUUAAUGAGUCAACCAAGGAGGACAGUGGACACUACACUGUGAAGACCAACGGGGGGGUGUCGGUCGCUGAACUAAUUGUACAAGAGAAAAAGCUGGAAGUUUACCAGAGCAUUGCAGACCUGACAGUGAAGGCACGUGACCAGGCAGUCUUCAAAUGUGAAGUUUCGGAUGAAAAUGUGAAAGGAAUUUGGUUGAAAAAUGGAAAGGAGUUGGUCCCAGAUGAAAGGAUAAAGAUCUCUCAUAUUGGCAGAAUCCAUAAGCUAACUAUUGAGGAUGUAACACCAGACGACGAAGCUGAUUAUUCCUUCAUCCCUCAGGGAUUUGCUUACAACCUUUCUGCCAAGCUUCAGUUUUUGGAGGUCAAGAUCGAUUUUGUACCAAGAGAAGAACCUCCCAAAAUCCACCUUGACUGUCUAGGACAGUCCCCUGACACUAUCAUUGUGGUGGCUGGGAACAAACUGAGACUGGAUGUUCCCAUAUCAGGAGAUCCAACACCCACUGUCAUCUGGCAGAAAGUAAAUAAGAAGAAUGACCUUGUUCGGAGCAAUGACGAUUCCAUCGCUCCCUCGGAAAACAGCACUGAUUUAAAUACUGAUAGUAAGCUUCUGUUUGAAUCUGAAGGCAGAGUUCGCGUGGAGAUGCACGAAGACCACUGUGUCUUCAUCAUUGAAGGAGCAGAAAAGGAGGAUGAGGGAGUAUACAGAGUUACAGUUAAGAAUCCUGUGGGAGAAGAUAAGGCUGAUAUCACAGUCAAAGUUAUUGAUGUUCCUGACCCUCCAGAAGCUCCCAAGAUCAGCAACAUUGGAGAAGAUUACUGUACUGUGCAGUGGCAACCCCCUAAAUAUGACGGUGGCCAACCAGUGCUUGGCUACAUUUUAGAGAGAAAGAAGAAGAAGAGCUAUCGAUGGAUGAGACUGAACUUUGACCUUUUAAAAGAACUAACCUAUGAAGCCAAGCGAAUGAUUGAAGGAGUAAUUUAUGAGAUGCGGGUUUAUGCUGUGAAUUCUAUUGGCAUGUCCCGACCAAGCCCUGCCUCACAACCCUUCAUGCCAAUUGCUCCUCCAAGUGAACCAACCCACUUCACAGUGGAAGAUGUUUCUGACACCACUGUUGCCUUGAAGUGGAGACCCCCUGAGAGAAUUGGAGCCGGGGGAUUAGAUGGUUACAUUGUGGAGUACUGCAAAGAUGGAUCUACAGAAUGGAUUCCAGCUCUUCCUGGCCUAACUGAGCGCACCUCUGCCCUGAUUAAAGACCUGGUCACAGGGGACAAACUUCAUUUCCGUAUAAAGGCUAUAAACUUGGCUGGUGAGAGUGGAGCAGCAAUAACCAAAGAGCCUGUUACUAUUCAAGAGAUUCUGCAGCGUCCCAAAAUCUGGUUGCCACGCCAACUCAGGCAGACUCUGGUGAAGAAAGUGGGUGAGACAAUCAAUAUCGUGAUCCCUUUUCAGGGUAAACCAAGACCCAAAAUCAUUUGGACAAAAGAUGGCCAAACUCUAGACUCCAAAGAUGUGGGAAUUCGGAACAGCAAUACAGACACAAUCCUCUUCAUCAGAAAGACAGAGCGUCAUCACUCAGGAGCAUAUGAAGUCGCUCUUCAGAUAGAAAGCAUGACUGAUAAAGUUGCAAUAACGAUACAAAUUGUAGACAAGCCUGGACCUCCUCAGAAUGUAAAGCUUGUAGAUGUUUGGGGAUUUAAUGCAGCACUGGAGUGGACACCUCCACAAGAUGACGGCAAUGCACAAAUCUCAGGCUACACAGUUCAGAAAGCUGACAAAAAGACAAUGGAGUGGUACACUGUUUUUGAUCACUAUCGGCGCACAAACUGCGUAGUGUCAGACCUGAUUAUGGGAAAUGAGUAUUUUUUCCGAGUCUUCAGUGAAAAUUUAUGUGGAUUGAGUGAAACUGCUGCAACCACCAAAAAUCCUGCCUACAUCCAAAAAACAGGCACCACUUAUAAGCCACCUAGUUACAAAGAACAUGACUUCUCCGAGCCUCCAAAAUUCACUCACCCAUUAGUAAACCGGUCUGUGAUUGCAGGAUACAACACCACACUCAGCUGUGCUGUAAGAGGAAUCCCCAAGCCAAAGAUAUUCUGGUACAAAAACAAAAUGGACCUCUCUGGGGAUGCUAAAUACCGCAUGUUCAGUAAGCAGGGUGUCUUGACGCUGGAGAUCCGGAAACCCACCCCAUUUGACGGCGGCAUUUACACCUGUAAAGCUGUUAAUGAGUGUGGUGAAGCUGAAAUAGAGUGCAGACUGGAUGUCAGAGGUAAUCAGAGGAAUCUUUGGAAUAAAGCUAAUUCUGCCAAGAAAGAAUAACAGCUUAAAGAAAAAUAGAUGCGUUAUGGUUUCUUUUUAUCUGAGCCUGAGUUCUGUGGUGCCACAUGAAAAGUUUGUUAAUUACACAUACCAUCAGAACUGCUAGUUUUCAUUCUAAAUUGUUAAUGAUAGGUAAUACAGGUCUGAAGGUGGGCAGUUACUAUGAUUCUGACUUACUAUUUCUAGAGAAGAUCCAUCAACAAAGACUGCUUUGUGGAUAAUUUUACAGUCAUCUUGUGCCAUAAUCUGUAAUGGAAAAAUUGAAAUGAAGUCAUUACAAGUUAGACAUGUGUGAAAUGUAGUACAGAUGGCAUCUGUAGUACAGAUGACAAUGUUUUUCAAACACUGAGAACUGAUUUUGUCAGAAAAGCCAGCGAAAAGAAAGGUCACAUCUUUAUAACACAGUGAGAAAUGCCAACUAAGUAUUUUUGCUAGAGCUGCUACUAAUGUACCCCUUUGUCAACACAAACCAAUUGAAGGGCUCAUCAAAAGACAGAAAGCUGUGAGUGACGUGGAUAACAGCCAGAGACGGAGAUCCAUUCUCACCAUGGCAAACCUCUGGCAUACCUCUGGCAUUUCUGCACAGCACAGACCUUUAUCUUUGACUC